AUGGAUAAUUACUCCGACGAUGGCUUUGACGACCUCAACCCCAAUGCUCUUCAGGAGCUGGAGAACAAUGCCAUACAGUUCACUCAGGCCCAGACCCAGGCCCCGCCACGGACACAGCAACCUGCCGACAACCCCUACAAUGACCUCGAAUUCGAGGACGACGACCUUGAUGAUACCGAAUUGAUCGAUGGCCUGCUUCCGCAAGCCCCCGUCGGUACAUCGACGAACACGGGACCGAGACCUUACCAUCAAAAACCACCCUUGCCAGUAGCGAACCGACCCCCGGCGGCCCCGAUCCCGCCAUCGUCACGAUGGGACAUCUCCGCGAAGUCAAGAUACACCGUUGUCAACACGACGCACGGCCAGCCCCUGGCCUCACAGAUACCACCUCCCAUAGGCGCAUCAUACAGACCACAACACAGCCAGUUUGCUCGUCCUGCGCUGCCGACAGUCAGGCCGGCCUAUCAGCAGCCGCUGGCUUCUCAGGCGCCGCGGGAGUCGGGAAACGAUGUUGUUGCUGCUAUGCAGCAACGUCUGAAGGCUCUCGAAUCAGAACUCUACUCGGCCAAGGGAGAAGUCGCCAUCAUCAGGGCAAACUCGUCCAAGGCGCAGCAGGAAUACACCACAGAGGUGGCCAGGCUAAAGAAACAAAACGCUGAACAGGAGGCAAAGCAGCAGAGGCUGGUCGAGCAAGCCGUCGCUGCUCAGAACAAUGCCGCUACUGAAUUGCAAUUUCUUCAGCGAGAUGUCAAGGAAACCAGUGCUCGAGCGAGGCGAGCGAAUGCGGCGCCCGGCGUGCAGAGGAACGACAGCGGCGGCUCUGCCACGAACACGCCGAAGAAGACCAGCAAGACCUGGGGCAUGGCCGACGGCUUUGACGAGAUGGACAUUGUUCUCAGCCCCAGCAAGGGACGAGGCAAGUUGAGGGACGCCGGCCCCGUGGCCAUCCCACUCACCGAACGGACACCAACAAAGAACAAGCGGAAACGGCCUGUGGUGGACAGUCCCGUCAUGGCGUUGGAAACCCACGAAGGCGACCUCGUACAGUCGAAUGCUGAUGCAGGUGCCACGGCCCCGAAAUUAUUUGCGGUAUCGUCCGCGAAUACCCUCCCAUUCGAUUUCCUUCAGCUCGUUCUCGACCAUGGGUCUCUGCACGGGGAGCCUCCAACAUUCGAUAUUCUCUCGCGCUAUGCCUUUCCAUCAGACCCAGACACCUCGUUUGCCGCCCAGAUUUAUCAGAGCUUGCCGCGAAUGGGGAACGUGCAUGAUCCCCUGCAGCUCCUUAUCGACUUUUCUCACCUCAUUCUGACAAUGUGGCACCAGUGCCUGGACGAGGCGUAUUAUCGACCGAUCUGGGACCUGGUGUCGCUUCUGGCGUUUACACUUCAACUCCAGACUGUGUCAGUGGCACCCAACCUCAUCCACAGCCUGGUGCCAGCCGCAGAGAGGUCCAUGUACAUGGUGCUCGAACUGCGCUACAAGAGCACAGACGGUGAUCUUUCCGGUGACCCCGCUGCUGACUCGCUGCAGCAGCAGAUCGACACGACGCACAUCUUGUCACUCCUCCAUCUGGCAGCCAUGGCAAGCGUGAGCGCAAUCGUUCAGACGGAAGAGGGCGCUCAGACGCAGCAGGCCAACUUUUGGAGCAUGAUGCCCGUGGACUUUGUGCUGAUCUUCUUGACCCCAAAUCAGCGGCUUGACGACAUCCUGGGCAUGAUGGACCUAUUGUGCACCUCCGUGCUAUCUGCCUCGGUCGGCCCUCUAGAAAUGGGCAAAGACCCGGAGACGGUCGCCUACAUGAUCAUCGAGAAGCUCACAUGCAACCUGCUUGACCUGCCACGAACGGCAUCAACGCCCCGUCUGAUUCACACGGUCGGAUCGGGGGUCCUGCGCACGCUCACCGCGUUCACUCAGUCUCAGUUUGGGGCGCUCCAGGUUGCGAAUCAUGUUAAUGCCAUACCCAGACUAGUGACGACUCUGAGUGGUUUAGUGGACGAGCUGUACGAUGCCAGUGAUCCUGUUGUCACUGAGACUCCGGCUGGCAGCGGCGGGAACCGUGCGGCAGCCCAUGCACCGGCGGGAGAUCUGGGGGCCGACAACGCGGACGACGCGGACGACGACCUUGGGGGUCUGCACCGACUGAUCAAGCAGAUCGUACUACUCCUGCACCGGCUCGUCGCUGAUCCGGCGACAGCAGACGCGGCCAACAUUCAAUCCAAGCUGGCCAUGGCAUAUGGAGGGCCGCAGCGGUACAUCCUCUCGCUGUCACGCAUUCAUUUCGCAGAGGAAGACUUGGUGUAUGAGGCGGGCAUCGACGAGGAGACGGCCGAAUUGGCGCGCGAACUAUGUGAAUUCGUCGUGACCCCUGACGAAGGAGAGGGUGUCAGGGAGGCCUUCGGCGUUUGA